AUGCCUAUUCUCUCCGGAGGCAGUGACCAAGACUAUAGUAACAUUAGCUACAAUUCUUGUAAUUCCUUGAGCCACUUCUUUCCUGUCUCCAUUGAAACCCCUUCUGCCAAAGGGGUCCAUUACCAAAGAGCCAGGAGGAUUUACCAUCCUGAUCAAGUCUCUGCAGUUGAUCUAAAGACAGAGAUCAUGAUAAAUGUUGGAGGCAUCAAGUACCUGCUACCUUGGAGUACUUUAGAUGAAUUUCCCCUGACCAGACUGAGCAAACUUAAGUUUUGCAGCAGCUAUGAAGAAAUAAUUCAGCUGUGUGACGAUUACGAUGAAGACACCCAUGAGUUCUUCUUUGACAGGAACCCCAAUGCUUUUGGGAUGAUUGUCAGCUUUCUAGCAGCAGGAAAGCUGAUGCUCUUAAGGGACAUGUGUGCCUUGUCUUUUCAGGAGGAGCUGAGAUACUGGGGGAUUGAGGAAUCCAACCUGGAGAACUGCUGCUUUCGAAAACUAUUUCAAAAACUGCAGGAGUUGGCUGAGGUACGCAAAGAAGAGGAGCUUCGGAGGAGCAAAGAAGCUAUAUGUGUCUUGGAUGAGAAAACCAAAUUUGGACAGUUUAUGACCAGACUCAGAGAUAUGGUAGAAAAUCCCCAGUCAGGAGUCCCAGGCAAAGUCUUUGCUUGUCUCUCCAUUCUCUUUGUGGCCACCACAGCUAUAAGCCUUUGUGUUAGCACAAUGCCAGACUUAAGAGCUGAAGAAGACAGGGGCGAGUGUUCCCAGAAGUGCUAUUACAUCUUCGUCAUAGAGACCAUCUGUGUGGCUUGGUUUUCCCUGGAGUUCUGCCUCCGAUUCAUUCAGGCAAAGAGCAAGUGUCAGUUCUUCAAAGGACCCCUAAAUAUCAUUGACUUCUUGGCCAUUUCACCCUAUUACAUUUCCCUCAUCUUCUCAGAGGAUGACUCAAAUGAGGAGGAUGACAGGCCAAGCAGCAACACAUAUUUGGAGAAGGUUGGUUUGGUGCUACGGGUUUUACGUGCCUUGAGGAUCUUGUAUGUAAUGCGCCUUGCCCGACACUCCUUGGGCUUGCAGACUUUGGGCCUCACAGUUCGGAGAUGCACACGGGAAUUUGGCCUGCUUUUACUCUUCUUAUGCGUGGCUGUCACUCUGUUCUCUCCUUUGGUCUAUCUCGCCGAGAAUGAAUCUGGGAAGGUGCUUGAAUUUACAAGCAUACCUGCUUCUUACUGGUGGGCUAUCAUUUCAAUGACCACUGUGGGGUAUGGAGAUAUGGUACCACGGAGCAUCCCAGGCCAGAUGGUGGCUCUGAGCAGCAUCCUCAGUGGGAUUCUCAUCAUGUCUUUUCCGGCAACAUCAAUAUUCCACACUUUCUCCCAUUCCUACUCGGAGUUGAGAAAAGAACAUGAACGACUGCAGUCUCGGCUACACAGAGUAAAAAAUGCCAAUCACUCUGGUGAAAGUGACACCUUCAAUGAGACAGACAGCUUGAUCCUGGAGGAUCAAGCAUCACCAGUCAAAUACAUUUACACAGGGAACUAA